AUGGAGAUAGUGGGAGAUUUCGAGUACAGCAGGAAGGACUUGGUGGGACACGGGGCCUUCGCAGUGGUCUUUAAAGGACGCCAUAGAAAGAAAACGGACUGGGAGGUAGCUAUCAAGAGCAUCAACAAGAAGAACCUGUCCAAGUCCCAGAUCCUGCUCGGCAAAGAGAUCAAAAUCCUCAAGGAGCUGCAGCAUGAGAACAUAGUGGCUCUUUACGACGUCCAGGAAACUCCAAACUCUGUGUUCCUGGUGAUGGAGUACUGUAACGGAGGAGACCUGGCCGACUAUCUCCAAGCCAAAGGCACCCUACGGGAGGAUACGCUCCGUGUGUUCCUGCAGCAGAUCUCCGCAGCCAUGAGGAUCCUCCACAGUAAAGGGAUCAUCCACCGAGACCUGAAGCCUCAGAACAUUCUGCUGUCGUACGCCGGCCGCAAGAAGUCUGGGGUCAGCGGCAUCCGGGUCAAGAUUGCGGACUUUGGCUUUGCACGGUAUCUACAGAGCAACAUGAUGGCAGCCACACUGUGCGGAUCUCCUAUGUACAUGGCUCCAGAGGUCAUCAUGUCUCAGAACUACGAUGCCAAAGCAGAUCUGUGGAGCAUCGGAACUGUCAUCUACCAGUGCCUCGUGGGGAAACCUCCGUUCCAGGCCAACAGCCCUCAGGAUCUGCGUCUGUUUUAUGAGAAGAACAAGAACCUGCAACCCAUAAUUCCCCGGGAGACGUCUGCUCCGCUCUCAAACCUUCUUCUGGGUCUGCUGCAGCGGAACCAGAAGGACCGCAUGGACUUUGACUCCUUCUUCAGUCAUCCAUUCCUCGAGUCUCCAGUCACCAUUAAAAAAUCGUGUCCGGUGCCGGUGCCCAGUGCUUCCAUGACGGUGACCGACAGCUCCUGUGGCAGCUCGCCCUGUAUCCGCUACAACUCUCCUCCGUCUCUCCCAGACAUGCAGACCCUGGCGGAAGAGCUCUCGUCUCCCCCGAUGGGACCUCCCAACUUCCUGCAGUUGUCGAAGGAGUCGGCGGGGAGCACCAGCAGCAAGAACUCCUCCUGCGACACAGACGACUUUGUGCUCCUCCCACACAUCUCUGCAGACAGCUACGACCAGAUGGGACCACGACGAGCCUCCAGUGAGUUCCUGAUGUGCGGAGGGUGA